GCUCCGCUAGUGAAAUAGUCAAAAGAGGCAAUACAAAAACAAACACUAUGGCAGCCAAACGCGGUGUAGAAAUGGUCAAACAAGUGGCCGAAUUUCUUUCCAAAGGAUCCAGCUUCGAUCGGGUGACACAAAUGGUGAAAAUAACGGCUGGCGGCGAUGGACGCGCUGUGGGGGAAUUCACAGUGGCAGCCGAGCAUUUGAAUCGCAUGGGAUCUUUACACGGUGGUUUAACAGCUACUAUUCUAGAUAACGUCACUACCUAUGCCCUCAUGUCCAAGGGUUCACACCCGGGUGUUAGUUCCAGCCUCAAUGUAAGCUAUCUGGCUGCCGCAAGACCCGGCGAUGUAGUCGAAGUAGACGCCAAUACUUUACAUGCAGGUCGCAAAAUGGCGUACAUUGAGUGUGAAUUGCGAAUCAAGGCAACUGGCAAAGUCAUUGCCAAAGGCGGACAAACUAAAUACGUGGACAUGGACACUAAACUGACGUAAAAGUGCUAGUCAUCGUAUUCGAAUAAAUAUAUAGACAAGAGUAAUACUAUUUUAUUAUGAUUUUCUUAUCUUCACAACUGACGUCACAUACGACAAACAAUCUGCUUUAUUAUUGUACUAUGCACGAAUAUCGAUAGUUCAGUUAUCGACUGACAGCUGUUGAGUGUGUUUGCGUUUUCUCUGUUGUGUACACGUUUCGUAACAAUUCCGAAAUGGGAACUCGCAAAAAGGGACUGGAAUUUGCCAAGCACAUCAGCGAAAUUAUAGCCAAGGCAACAGGAUUCGAAAAGCACUUGGAAAAAG